AUGCAUCUUCGACUUCUAUCUUGCCUGGCUCUUAUGACACGGAUAGCAUCUGGCCACUUUCAUGAGAGCGCCCCCUACACCCCCGACGCUGGCAUUUCUCGCGGACUUGAACCCAGCGCUGUUUUAAAUGGGUUGUUCGACCGUGCUGAGGCACUCUGUGGUCCUGGAGUCGGAAACUGCUCAGACGGGAACUGCUGCUCUAAGGCCGGAUACUGUGGGAAGACCUACAGUCACUGUGGUUGGCCAAUCUGUCAGACUGAGUACGGCCGCUGUGAUCCUCCAGUACCUCCCAGAGGCCCAUCGACAGACAUCAUUUCUCGUCCCAGACUCGGCAAAGUCCCAUAUGGCCCGCUGUCGAUUCGCUCCUGCACCGUCCCAGGGACCGUCGCUCUGACCUUCGACGAUGGUCCCAACAAAUACACCAGCGCCUUCCUCGAUCUAUUGGACAGAUUCGAUGCUAACGUGACUUUCUUCAUCACUGGCAAUGAGAAUGCCAAAACCAACGGCGUGGGGAAGAUCGACUCCGAGCCCUCAUCUACUUCAAUCCAACGCAUGCACACGAGCGGUCACCAAAUCGCCAGUCACACCUGGUCCCAUCUGGACCUCAGCGUGAUGUCCAAAGAGCAUCGCCAUCCUCAAAUGAUCUGGAACGAGAUGGCUCUUCGCAACAUCUUGGGCGGAUUCCCGACCUAUAUGCGCCCGCCAUAUUCCAGCUGCACUGGCCAGUCGGGAUGCCUAGAUGACAUGUCCGAGUUGGGGUAUCACAUCAUCUUGUAUGAUAUUGAUACCGAGGAUUUCCGUUACAACGACCCGGCCUCAAUCCAAAAGUCGAAAGAUAUCUUCGACAAGCAUAUCGACCAGAGCAAACAUCUCCAGAAGCCAUGGCUCGUCAUUGCCCACGAUGUACACGAACAAACUGCUUUCAACCUCACCGAGCAUAUGCUGAAGAAAUUGUCGGCUUCUGGUUAUCGCGCUGUGACUGUGGGCGAUUGUCUCGGGGAUCCCAAAGAAAACUGGUACCGGACAGAUCCCCGCUACAUUAAUGGUCUUCUCUCGGGCCCUUCAUCUCAUCGCUCGCAAAAGAUUUCCAGCGAUCCAAUUGUCCCCUAUACCGGGCCGGAUGACACACCGUCGCACCCUUCACACAAGCCUCCUUCGAAUAAGUCUGAGGGUGCUGCGCUGCGAGCUGGAUCAUUUUCCGCGGGUCUGGCCUUGUUGUUUAGUGUGGCUUUGAUGGGAUAG